CUUCGCACAAAUCACAAUCACGUUUUCUUUUCUUCUCUCUCUCUAUCGGCAUUUAGAGAGAGAACAUCGCCGCCGGAAACUACUCCGGCGAUAACAUGACCUCCGAUUCCUUCCGUCCCUCAGACCUUUGAUGCGCCGAUCGACUGCCCGUACUCGUGCCGGUUCGAAUCGCAACGACGAAAUGGAUCCGAUCAAAACACGCUCCACCAACCUCUUCGCUCGCAACCCUAAGUCCGCUCCAUCGCGUUCCCUAUCUUCCGUUCUCCUCCUCAUUCUCGCGCUCUCGUUCCUCUUCCUCCUCUCCUACUGCGCGUUCUCCCACUCUGAAAUUAGUUUCCGGUACCGGAUCAUCGUCGACGGCGGGAGCACUGGCACCCGCGUGCACGUGUUUAAGUACCGGUCGGGCAGCCCGUUGCAGUUCGGGAAGGAGAGUUUGGCCUCGAUGCGCGUUAACCCGGGGCUGUCGGCGUUCGCGAAGGAUCCGGAUGGGGCGGGCGUGUCGGUAUCGGAGCUGGUGGAAUUCGCGAAAGGGCGGAUCCCGAGGGUGAGUUGGGGGGAGACGGAGAUUCGGUUGAUGGCAACGGCAGGGUUGAGAAUGCUGGACGCGGAGGUGCAGGAAAGGAUUCUGCAGUCGUGUAGGAAGGUGUUGCGUAACUCCGGGUUCAAGUUUAUGGACCAUUGGGCUUCUGUUAUCACAGGUUCUGAUGAAGGAGUUUAUGCUUGGGUUGUUGCUAAUUAUGCACUUGGCACUCUUGGAGGUGAUCCUUUGGAUACAACUGGGAUUGUUGAACUUGGUGGUGCUUCUGCUCAGGUGACCUUUGUAUCAAGAGAACCGGUGCUUCCUUCUUUCUCAAGAACUGUUAAAUUUGGGAAUAUCACUUACAAGCUUUACAGCCACAGCUUUCUUCAUUUUGGCCUGAAUGUUGCUCACGACUCAUGGAAAGAAGGACUUGUAUCAGGAAAAUUUGGCUUGGCUUCUCAAUCUCUUCAAGAAAGGUUGCGGAUAGAUCCUUGUACUCCUACUGGAUACUCUUACAGUGCUGAGUCAUUGAAGUUACCUCCUAGCUCGGAGAGUGAAAAGGUCCGUUCUCUUUUCACUGUCCAAACAAUGGGGAACUUUUCAGAGUGCAGAUCGGCAGCACUUAUGUUGCUACAAAAAGGGAAAGAAUCAUGCUCCCAUCAACACUGUCACAUGGGAUCAACGUUCAUACCAAAUCUUCAGGGGAAUUUUCUGGCCACAGAAAAUUUCUAUCACACAUCAAAGUUUUUUGGAUUGCGGCCGAAGGCCUAUCUGUCCAAGUUGAUGACUGCUGGGCAAGAAUUCUGUGGAGAGGAUUGGUUAAGGCUGAAGGAAAAAUAUGUUUCCCAUAAUGAGGAAGAUUUACUUCGGUAUUGCUUCUCUUCAGCAUAUAUUGUUGCUAUGCUUCACGACAGUCUUGGAAUUGCUUUGGAUGAUGAGAGGUAUUCUUGUUUUUUAUUUAAGGGUCAAGGUUGCUAGUGAGGUGGGAAGUAUUCCGCUUGAUUGGGCUUUGGGAGCUUUUAUUCUGCAAACAACAGCUGAUGCAGAUUUACAGAACCAUAACUGGAUUGCCACCAUUUUCAGUGAUGAAUCGCCUACUCUCCUCUCAAUUAUUGGAUUUUUAUUAGUGUUGUUAACGGCAUGGUCUAUAUCUAGGUGGAGGAAACCUCAGUUGAAGACAAUAUAUGAUCUAGAAAAAGGACGCUAUAUUAUCACGCGCAUUGGUAGAUAAGGCUUGAUGGUAGAGCAGAUCAUGGUUCUUGGUUUACAUACGUGGAGGCCCUGUUGUGAUUAUGAUGAAAAUAUUUAUCCUUUUCUAACUUGAUGGUCAACUACUGAAGGCCAUGCCAGCCGAGGCUCAAAUAGUAUUAUGGAGUUACUCUUCCCGAGGAACUAGUGUAGAGUAGGACGUAUAUUUGUUGUUUAGUGGAAAUUCAGGAAUUGUUUGUUGCGCCACUCGCUUCACUGGUUAUAGAUUACAGUAAGGCAAGAAGUGGAGCAGGUGAGCCUAGGAAUUGCUAGGAGGAACUAAAUGCCGCAUCCUUCAACGGAAAACACCUUAUGUGCUAUAUUUGUACCAAACUCUAUACAAAAGUUUGUCAAUUGCUACAUACAGUAGAAAUUCAUCAUUCCCUACCUGGGAACCUUGUUGCGGAAGCUGAUUAUUAUAGGAUACAUGAUUUUAUUGGAAUGGCUUCCAAAUUUGAAUGAUUAGAUCACAUAACAUGACAUCUCA